AUGGAGCAGAUCAUCCCAAGUUACAAGCAACAAAUACUAGCUAUGAAACCAAGUAUUCUCGGAGCCAAGGGUAUGGCUGAGAAACCAGAGUGGAGAUUACUCUACAAAGUCCGGAUAUUUUAUAGCUGCAGAAGAGAAAGAGAGAAGGGCUAUCAAUACCUCACCUGUAGAGUAAGGCUCCCCCAAAGAUUAAACUAUUGUAUGUGGAAAGCAACUAAGUAUUCGAUCGGGGAAUCACUAAAAGUACGAAAUGCUGCAGAUGCGAUAGCACUGAGACAUAGGUGCCUUAGCCCCUUGGAAUUUGGCUCAAUCGAAUUCCCCUCAACAAGGAAGGGUACAUCAUCUGCCAUACAGAUGCAGCCUGGCUUGCGAAUGAUGGAUCGGCAGGAUUGGGAUGGACGUUUACGACCACUCCUGAUCAAGUCUCGGUUCACUCGACAACCUCCGGUAACGUCUAUUCAGCUUUAG